AUGGCUGACACAUCUAAUCAGUUGGAGUCUCAGGCAGAUGAAGAUGUCAGAAAGGAACUAUUUACAGAGGCUGUCAGCAAGUACACACAACUGCUAGAGCUUUUCCCAGCUGAAUCAGUGAGGUGGCUGUGUGCAAGAGGCCAGUGCUUUCUGAAAUUAGGAGAUCAUAAACUGGCCCUGGAAGAUGGGAAAAGGGCCAAGAAUCUUGACGAGACAUCUGUGGAAGCUUCGGUUUUAUGUGGAAAGGAGCAGAAAGAGCAUACAGACAAACAAGAAGACACAGGUUAUUCUGCAGUGUCUCUCUGCUCUCAGAAAAUCUUGGAAGUCAAGUACAAGAUUUGUGAAGAUGAAUAUUAUAAGGAAAACAAACCCAGAAUGAAGAAAGACACCCAGUUGGAAACCCAACUAGUACAAGCUGCCUACGAGUGUCUCACAAUGGAGAGAUUAGAGGAGUCGCUGGCUAUCAUAUCCAAAGUCAUAUCCAUGGAUCCCGGAAACAUCUUUUAUAGAACAUUCAGAGCCCAGGUUUACUUUAACAUGAAACAAUGGGCAAAAGUGAUUCAAGAUUACUGGAUUAUCCCAAAGCCACACAGGAAGCCAGAUGUUUGGAAACAGGGAGGAAAAGCAUUAAUGGAGCUCUGGCUACCCGUGCUGGCAGAGUUUUGGCUUCGUAAGGCCACACAGCUUUCGGGAGGCAAAGAUGAGGAAGCAGCUUUUCUGUUCCAGAAAGUUCGAGUGAGAAGACUCUAUGACCCCUUGACACAGGAUCAGCCUGUGAAGGUGGAUUUCACCAAAUUUGGAAGAGCUAUCUUUGCUAAAGGUAAUCUCUUUUUUUCU